AAAUCUAGGCUCAAUAAGCAUUGGGUCAAUCAUCCAGUAAAGUUUUUACCUUCUUGCUACUAAUGUAUAUAUAUAAAAGUUGUAUACGUGUCCUCUGCGCAACCUGCAAAUGAGUGUACAACCAUGAAGAUGCGUCGACAGAAGCCACAAGCUUACAAGGACGUCGAAUACUAUGAACUAUGAACUAAGUAUUCUUCCAAAGCUUUGCCUUACCACAAGUACACGACUUAUUGUCCCCUACACAGGCCAAACUAACCGAUAAACAAAACGUGACUUCACUUAACUGCGAAUAGUUUGUACUUUGUACCCAAACCAUAUUACAGUCGGGUUCUUCGAGAGGCCAGACGGACGCUAGAUCCACUCCGAGAGAGAGAAACGAAAGUUUGUAUAACUUAACUCGGAGACCAAGUUUUGGAUCUAAUACAACACCAGGUCCAAUACUCUUCAUGGAUGGAAUGGUCUUGGGGUGAUUUAUUAAAAUUGACAUUAUACCUGAGGAGGCGUACAUCACGAUUCGGCCUAUAGGGCCAACAGGACAAGUUUAACCCAACAUCAGAAGAGCUGUACCUACAAGUAAAUCCAUGAAAAAGAGGAUGGCUGAAAUAGCUAGUACUUCCCAAGCUGAUGAUGAUCAGCAGACCGAAAUCAGAAAAUUAUAUUCUGGUAUGGUGCUAAACCUGAGUGAGAUGAUCAACCCAAAUAGGAAAUUGACUUGGCAGAGACUUUUGACAGCGCUGGACCCAUUGUUACCUCAUGGACUCGAUGAUGACAAUAUUACAUAUUUUGGACAAAUAUUUGAGAAGCUGAGGGCAAAAGGAAAGAUUGUUCCUAUGGAAGGUUCCUUUGAGGAACUCUAUGAUGCACUCCUCAAAGUUAAUGUUGAAGCAGCCGAGGUUGUUAAGGAGACUUCAGUUAAGAUAAAACAACUUCUGUCUGAAGGGCCACCACCAGCAAAGAAACUUAAACCUGGAGACGUAGACCAGAUUAAAGGAAGGAAUCCUAAGUUGAGAGUUGUGAUAGAAACAACAAGAUUAACAACCAUUGAUCAAACCUCAAAACCAGAGGUGAUCUCUACACAAGCCUUGGAAGACGCUAAAGAAAUGAUCAGAAAGAACAGCGUUGUCCUCAUCAAGGGUGCCUCAGGGGAUGGGAAGACUUUAAUGGGUUACCAACUGUUGAAGUGGCUAAUGGACGGCGAUGAUAAGGAUACCAGACUGUCAAAGGAUCCUGUCCAGCUUUACAGCAUGGCCAAAUGGGAUAAAAUUGUUGAGCCAAACACACAAUUAGCUGUAUAUGUUGAUGAUGUUAGUGGGGAAAUCGCUGAAGAAUUGAAGAAAAGGGAUAUCUCCAUUAAGUCGACAUUUUGUGGGAAACUCCAUAAUAGAUCAAAUUGUUUGAUACUAAAUGUUCGAGAUGAAAUUUUCAAAAGCACACAAUUAUCUUCUUGUGAAUUCUUCGAACAAAAUAUCAUUGAUUUGAGAGGUAAAAACUGCAUAAAAAUCGCAGAAAAAAAGCUUAUUUUAGAAAGUUAUGUCCGAGAAAUUAAAACCUUUCCUAGUGGAAAGGAAUCUGAAAUAGUCAAACUUGCCCCAGAUAUAGGAUUUCCACAGUGUUGUCGACUUUAUAGGGAUGUUCCCAGCUUACAAAAAGAGGGGGUUCAUUUCUUCAAAAGUCCAUUUCAUUUCAUGGAAACAACUUUGAAGAAAUUACCAAAGGAGCACUUUUCUGCUCUUCUGUUUCUCUUUAUCAAUGAGGGGAGGGUUAAGAAAGGGGAUUUAGAUCCUAAAAACAGUGAAAGUGUUGACAGGAAAAAGCUUGAUGAAGCUUUCCAGGGAAUUAAACUUGAUCAUGCAGACAAAAUCAGAUCUCUGCGGAAAAGUUUAGCUGUAAUGUUUGGAUCUCUGGUUGAAAAAACAAAAUAUUAUUUUAUGAUGGUGAUGAUGAUGAUGAUGAUGAUGAUUCAUUUUACAAAUUUUGUCAUGAUUCUGUUCAGGACACUGUUGCCCUUUUGUAUGGCAAGGACACAAAAAUUGGGUUUAUAGAAAAUUGUCCCCGAAAGUUCCUCCACUAUAUAUCAACAUCAAAAUCCACAGCUAAUAGAAUAGUUAUAAAAUCUAGUAGUGAACACAUGUAUAAACGUUUGGUCAGAGAGUGUGAAUCUGAUGUCCGACUUUACGGGAACCGCAGAUUGUCUGACUAUAUAGCUACAUUAGAUGUAUGGACAGACACCCUGUUUCUACAGGGAUUUAUUAGAUGGCUAAGUGGUCAGAAUGAUGACAAAAACUUACACCAACUGAUAAAAUGUGCCUUGUUAAAUGAAGCUUGUUCUACUGGUUUAGAAGAUCGUGUCUCGUAUCUCCUUUCUGUGGGUGCCACACCCGACAAUGAUACACCGUUUUGUGUAGUGAAGGGUGGGAGUGUACAACUACUGACAAAACUACUAAAGUAUGACGUCAUUCCUACAGCGAGGGCACGCUGGUCACGAUCAUCAUAUUAUACUGAGAAUAUCAAUGUCCUACACGAGGCGUUUUUGUUUGAGAGAGAAGAGAUGGUGACCAUGUUGUGUGACACUUACCCAGACUUGGUACAUGAGACUGAUGACUGGAGACAUAGCACGCUCCAUUUUGUGGCACAGAAAGGAAACGUUGGUCUAUUUCAGACAGUGGAGAGAAUGAUACUUAAAUCAUUGUGUAGAGUUGAGGAUGUACAACAUAAGUGUGAGACAGAAAAUGGUCGUGUUGUACAUAGGAGUUGUGUGUGUGGUCAGUACAUGUCACAAUUAGUGGACAGGAGAGGGUUUACAAUAUUACAUGUUAGUUGUGGUCGGGGACACAGGGAGCUUAGUUUAUACCUGUGUCAGUGUUACCCAGCACUAACUACAGCUGUAGAUAACGACGGGUAUACAGUAUUACAUCAUAGUUGUAUACAGGGAGACAGGGAGCUUAGUUUAGAGCUGUGUAAGUUAUACCCAGCACUAACUACAGCUGUAGAUAACGCCGGGUAUACAGUAUUACAUCGUAGUUGUAUACAUGGACACAGGGAGCUUAGUUUAGAGCUGUGUAAGUUAGACCCAGCACUAACUACAGCUGUAAAUAACCGUGGGUUUACAAUAUUACAUCUUAGUUGUAGAGAGGGACACAGGGAGCUUAGUUUAGAGCUGUGUAAGUUAGACCCAGCACUAACUACAGCUGUAGAUAAACGUGGGUAUACUUGUCUACAUUACAUAGCCAGGAUGACAUCAGAUGUAGACAUGUUCACUGAUUGUGAACGUCACGUAAAACAGAACGUAGAGAAAACAGGAGGUAAGUAUGACAUCACGACCUUACUUACUAAUGACGGGCAAUCUGUUUUAGACCUGGCAAAGGAAUGGACAGAGUGGAGGGAAGUUAGAUAACAACCCAUUGUAUGAUCAUCUUGUCAAAGUGUUUAAUAAGUAAAUGUAUUAAAUAUUCACACUUCUAUACAUUAACUUGUGUAACAUAAUGACAAAAUAAACAGCAACGAACAGAACACUGUGGAAACCUUUUGUAGGAUCAUCUUGUCAAGUUUAUUUGUAAAUAAAAGUACUUAGAAAUAGUCACACAUACUUCUUAACCUUCUAUACAUUAACUUGUAUAACAUGGUGUAUAAUUAAACAAAGAUUAAGUUGAA